UCUCUAAAACUCUCCAACUCUCUCUCUAAAAUUCUCUAUCUCUCUCUCUCUAAAACUCUCUCUCUCUCUCUAGAGAUGAGCAUGAUAAGCAUGGUGGAGGCAAGGCUGCCCCCGGGGUUCCGGUUCCACCCGCGCGACGACGAGCUCGUGCUCGACUACCUCGUGAAGAAGGUCGCGAGCGGGGGCACCAAUGGCGUUGGCGGAUUCUACGGCGGCCACAUGAUGGUCGAUGUCGACCUCAACAAGUGCGAGCCGUGGGAUCUCCCCGAAAUGGCACGGGUGGGGCUAAAGGAGUGGUACUUCUUCAGCCUGCGCGACCGCAAGUACGCGACCGGCCAGCGGACCAACCGCGCGACCCGGUCGGGCUACUGGAAGGCCACCGGCAAGGACCGGGCAGUCUGCCGGCGGGGGGUGCUCGUCGGGAUGCGGAAAACCCUCGUCUUCUACGAGGGCCGAGCCCCCAAGGGCAAGAAGACUGACUGGGUCAUGCACGAGUUCCGCCGCGAAGAACAACAACAUCAACAACAACAACAACAACAACAUCAUCAUCAUCAUCAUCACACAACAAAAUUCUCAUACCAGAAAAUACUGGAGGAUUGGGUCCUAUGCAAAGUGUUCUUCAAGAGUAGAGAAGCCAUUUCCCGGCCGUCGAUGCCGGAGACUUCGCACGAAGACGACGGCUCGACGUCGCUCCCUCCCCUCGUCGACAACUACAUCACCUUCGACCACGCGGCCCCCCCGAGCCUCGAGGGCUACGAGCAAGUGCCCUGCUUCUCCGCCCCCGCUCCCGGCCCCCCCGCGGCCCCCUACGUGCCUACGGUCGAAAACAGCUUCCCCGCGAAGGGCUCGAGCAACACGGGCGGAGGGUUUCCACACUCCGGUUCCUCCGAUAAGAGGGCGAUAAAGGCAGUUCUAAGCCAAUUCUCUAGGUUGGAAAACACACCAAAGAGAGAAUUUCCUCAAGGUUUGGAUCAAGGAGGAGGGUUUGAGAGCUACUUAGCUGAGAAUGGAUUGUCACAUUUGUGGAACUCUUUUUGAGUGUUAUUGAGAGUAUCUAUUACAAGUUAUGUUGUUAGCCUUGUAAAUAUAGCUUAUACCAACACAACAUAGUGAAAUGGUUUGUAAGCUUUGUAUAUAUUUAGUCCAAGGUAGAGAGAGAGAGAGGGUUUCUUUGAAAGGUCAUGUUUAAGUUAUAAAGUGUAUGCUUGGUAUUGAGAUUUGAAUUAGUACCAUUUUAAAGAGAGUGUGGAUGUAUCAUUAAAUGCAAAAUCACAUCUUCCUCUCCCUUUA